AUGGCGGAAUACGACGACAUGAAAUACACGAACGGCUACUAUGAAGAUCAGAACGGCUUUGAAGAGGAAGAAGAGGAGGAUCAGACGAUUCAAUCCGAAGACUGCUGGAAAGUCAUCGGCUCCUUCUUCGCCAGCAAAGGUCUUGUGUCGCAGCAAAUUGAAUCUUUCAACGAGUUUAUGCGAAGCACCAUGCAGGAUCUCAUCAACGAGCAAGGGUCAAUUACACUCGACCAAGCUGUGCCAUCUUAUGAUGACGAACCGAACCCGGUGGUGGUCAAGAGGCAUGAAGUCAAAUUUGGCAAUAUCUCGCUCAGCAGUCCAAACAUGACCGAGGGCGACGGGACCACGACGGAUAUGCUUCCGCAUGAAGCGCGACUCAGAAGCCUGACUUAUUCGAGCGCGGUGUAUCUUAACAUGCAGCGCAAACUAUAUGCAGCUAAAGAAGCACCAUGGGACAACCAAGGCGAAGAUCAAGCGGCAGUAGGUGCUGAUGGACUAGAGUUGUAUUGGCAAGAGGAAGAUCUGGGCGAAGCGGGAGAGCCGAUGGAUGUCUUCCUUGGAAAAAUCCCUAUUAUGCUGAAAAGUGCCACCUGCCACCUGUUAAACAAAGAGAGGUUCCCAACCGAGCGAGAUCUACACGCCUGGGGAGAAUGUCCAUACGACCAAGGAGGUUACUUCAUUAUCAAUGGAAGCGAAAAGGUUCUGAUUGCGCAGGAGAGAAGUGCGGGCAACAUUGUCCAGGUUUUCAAAAAAGCAGCACCCAGUCCCUUUACCCAUAUCGCGGAGAUCAGGAGUGCUGUUGAGAGAGGCUCGAGAAUCAUCUCUCUAUGCACGGUAAAGCUCUACAAACAGGUUGAUGGUCCCGAAUCAACAAAAAUUCCCAACCCUAUCCGCGUACAAUUACCAUACGUUAAGCAAGACAUCCCGUUAGUCGUUGUCUUUCGGGCGCUCGAUAUCGUUUCCGAUGCGGACAUUAUGGAGAAGAUAUGCUUUGACCAAAGUGACAAAGAGAUGAUGGAUCUGCUAAUGGGCUCGCUUCAAGAGGGCCAGCCGAUUCAAGGUUCCGAUACGGCAAGAGACUAUAUUGCUCGACGUGGCAAUAACCCAACCCUGAAACAUGCUGAACGUCAGAAACACGCUACCGAUAUUCUGCAAAAGGAGUUCUUGCCACACAUUGGUCAAGAUCCGUCAAGUGGCAGUCAGUCGCGAAAAGCCUUCUUCCUUGGUUACAUGGUAAACCGAAUGCUGAAGUGUGCCCUUGGGCGAUCGGAGCCAGAUGAUCGAGACCAUUUGGGAAAGAAACGACUCGAUCUUGCCGGCCCGUUAAUGGCAAGCCUCUUCCGCGCGCAAUUCCAGAAAGUUACCAAAGAUUUCUAUAGAUACAUGCAAAAGCAGGUCGAGUCUGAUAGAGAGAUCAAUAUGAAAGUUGGUUUGAAGUCGAAUAUCGUCACAAACGGACUCAAAUAUUCGCUGGCAACGGGCAACUGGGGUGACCAGAAAAAAGUGAACCAGGCCAAGGCAGGUGUCUCUCAAGUGCUGAGUAGAUACACCUUUGCUUCGGCCUUGUCGCAUCUGCGUCGGACGAAUGCCCCCAUUGGUCGUGACGGCAAAAUUGCAAAGCCUCGACAACUGCACAACACCCAUUGGGGUUAUGUUUGUCCUGCUGAAACACCCGAAGGUCAGGCCUGCGGUUUGGUGAAGAACCUUGCAUUGAUGACAAUGGUCACCAAUUCUCACAAUACUGCACCUCUACAGGAUUAUAUCAUGGAUCAGGGUGUCGAACCGUUGGAGGAUUGGGAGCCAAGACUGAGUCCACAAGCCACCAAAGUCUUUCUGAAUGGCGUCUGGUUCGCUGUCGUCAUCAAGGAUCCCAAACAUCUUGUUGACCAGUUCAAGAAGUUGCGCAGGACAGGGUACCUUGAUCCACAGAUCAGCAUGGUCUGGGAUAUUCGAGAUAAGGAGUUCAAGAUCUCAGGUGAUGCUGGGAGAAUAAUUCGUCCUCUCUUCGUUGUAGAGACAGACCCAGCGCUCGAGAACAAUGGUAAUCUUGUCCUCACUAAAUAUCACAUUCAGAGACUUGACAACACUGCGGUCCACACUGAAGCUCAACUUGCUAUCGAGGAAUGGCCCGAGCCACCUUUUGGAUGGAAAGAUCUCCUCAAGGAGGGAGUAGUCGAGUAUCUCGACGCCGAGGAAGAGGAGACCGCAAUGAUCAUCAUGACUCCAGAAGAUCUCUACACCUCCAAAGCCAAACACAAUGGCUAUACUACCGAAGAGACAGACGAUCCUCUGGCUCGAUAUGAUCCUCUUCUCAACCCACAUGCGCACACCUUCACGCACUGUGAAAUCCAUCCUAGCAUGAUCCUUGGUGUAUGUGCAAGCAUCAUUCCUUUCCCUGAUCACAAUCAGUCUCCCCGUAAUACCUACCAGUCCGCCAUGGGCAAGCAAGCUAUGGGUGUUUUCUUGACCAACUUCGAUCAGCGCAUGGAGACCAUGUCCAACAUCCUCUACUAUCCACAAAAGCCUCUGGCUAGAACGAUGUCUAUGGAGUAUUUGAAGUUUCGAGAAUUGCCUGCGGGCCAGAAUGCCAUCGUCGCCAUCGCUUGCUAUUCCGGAUACAAUCAGGAAGACUCGGUUAUCAUGAACCAGAGCAGCAUCGAUCGUGGUCUCUUCCGAAGCUUGUUCUACAGAACCUAUCAGGAAUCAGAGAAGGUGGUCGGACACAACAUUGUCGAGCAAUUUGAGAAGCCAACCAGAAGUGACACUCUACGCAUGAAGCAUGGCACCUAUGAUAAGAUUGAUGUUGAUGGCCUCAUCGAGGUUGGUCAACGAGUGUCUGGCGAAGACAUUAUUAUUGGCAAGACGGCACCAAUGGCUCCAGAUGCUGAGGAGCUGGGACAGAGACAGAAGCAACACCUCAAACGCGAUGUAUCAACGCCUCUUCGAAGUACCGAGAGUGGAAUUGUAGAUCAAGUACUGGUGACGACGUCAGGCGACGGACAGAAGUUCGUCAAAGUGCGGGUGAGAACCACCAAGAUUCCCCAGAUCGGUGACAAAUUUGCCUCUCGCCAUGGUCAAAAAGGUACAAUUGGUAUCACCUAUCGACAAGAGGAUAUGCCGUUUACCAGAGAGGGCGUUGUUCCCGAUCUCAUCAUCAAUCCACAUGCCAUUCCUUCUCGAAUGACGAUUGCCCACUUGAUUGAAUGCCAGCUCAGUAAGGUGGCUACACUACGUGGCGACGAAGGUGAUGCAACACCAUUUACCAAGGUCACUGUUACCAAUGUCUCCAACAUCCUUAGAUCCAUGGGCUAUCAAUCUCGAGGUUUCGAGGUCAUGUACAAUGGUCAUACGGGACGGAAACUCGUCGCUCAAGUCUUCCUCGGACCGACCUACUAUCAACGACUGAGACAUAUGGUUGACGACAAGAUUCACUCCCGAGCUCGAGGCCCCACUCAAAUUCUGACGCGACAGCCUGUGGAAGGUCGAGCCAGAGACGGUGGGCUUCGGUUCGGAGAAAUGGAACGUGAUUGCAUGAUUGCACAUGGAGCGAGCAGUUUCUUGAAAGAGCGUCUCUUUGACGUUAGCGACCCGUUUAGAGUCCACGUGUGUGACAUCUGUGGGCUCAUGACACCCAUUGCCAAACUCAAGAAGAAUUCUUUUGAGUGCAAGGCUUGCAAUAACAAGAACAAGAUUUCGCAGAUUCACAUUCCCUAUGCAGCUAAGCUUCUCUUCCAGGAGCUAGCUUCAAUGAAUAUCGCUGCGAGAUUGUACACUAAGAGAGCUGACGAGCGAUGA